AUGAGAAUCGAAGAUCCACUCCCAAUAGAUGACUCAAUGCCCGAAGAAAGACUGAUGCACAUCACCUUCUUGGAAGAAAUGAGCCACACGAUCGGACACACGAUAGCUUACUCGAUCCCCGAGUCUAUCAGGUCGAUCGAGUUGAUGGCAAUCGAGUCGGCUGAGUUACCAUGGUACUCAGAUUUCGUGAACUACAUGGUGUGCGGGGAAAUUCCUAAGGACUAUGACGCUCAUAGAAAGAAGAAGUUCUUCAGGGAUGUCAACAACUACUACUGGGAUGAACCUUAUCUUUACAAGAAAGGGGCGAAUGGCCUGUUCAGACGAUGUAUAGCAGAGGAGGAAGUCCGAGGAGUACUAGAGCAUUGUCAUAGGUCCGCCUAUCGAGGACAAUUUGCCACCUUCAAAACAGUCCAAAAGAUACUACAAGCUGGUCGUUGGUGGCCAACAAUGUUUAAGGACGCACAACUCUAA